AUGCGAGCUCUUCGGUUUCACGAUGCGCUGGACCUCCGCAUGGACGACGUCGAGCGUCCGCAAUGCAACAUCGAUGAAGUCAGAUUAAAGGUCGCAUACUGCGGGAUUUGUGGAACAGAUUCACAUGAAUACCAAGCUGGACCGAUUCUCUGCCCAAGCAAAGAACAUGGGAACCUCAUCUCAGGAGCCAAACUGCCACAGGUUCUUGGCCAUGAGUUCAGCGGGACCGUCACAGAGGUCGGAGACAGCGUCAAAGGCGUCCAAGUCGGACAACGUGUCACUGUGAAUCCUGCCAUGGACGAUCGCCAUUACGGCCUAGAGACCUGCGAGGUCUGCCAGUCGGGACGGCCCAAUGUCUGCAUGAACUCGACCUUCUACGGCAUCAGCGCCCAAGGAGGCGGUUUCGCUGAAGAGAUUGUGGUCAAGCCAUGCUCACUUUUCCCAUUGCCGGACAAUGUAUCCCUCAAGCUGGCGGCUCUUGUGGAGCCGUUGUCAGUGUCAACUCAUAUGGUGCGGAUCUCUGGUUUUCGAAGAGGACAAGACGCUUUGGUGCUCGGCGCUGGACCGAUAGGAAGUGCUCUGGUGUUCAUGCUCAAGGAAGCAGGUGCUCGUCGGGUCUUCGUGAGCGAGACCAUAGAAUUAAGAGCCGCUCGAGCGAAACAGGCUGGAGCGGACCGAAUCAUCCACCCAUUGGAAGAGGAUGUUCUCAAGGUACUGAAGCAAGAAAUGCCUAACGGAGUCGACGUAGCUUUUGAGGCGUGCGGUCUGCAAUCGACACUGGACACCGCCAUAGCCGCCGUAAAACCUGGAGGAUGCAUCUUCAACGUCGCCGUUCAUGAGCGCCCCAUCACCAUCGAUAUGAACCUACUUACACUCAAGGAGAGGAGGCUUAUGGCUGGCAACGCUUACACGGCAGAAGAUUUUCGAAAAGUAGUGGAUGUGUUGAGCGUGAAGGGCAAGGAGGUUGAGAGCUUCAUUACCAAAGUGGUGCCGCUUCAGGACGCAAUCGCUGGCGGCUUCGAAGAGCUGGUCAAGAACCGCAGCAAGCAUAACAAGAUCCUGGUUGAACUGAGUCCAGAGUAG